AUGACCCCUGGAAGAAACCCGGAGUGACAGGGAAGGAGCCUCUCUUUUUGCGCCCGCGCCCGAGCGAGGCUGCGCCGGUUUGGAUUGGGCGCAGAGGGAGGAUCCGGGCAGGGAAAAGACCGUCGCCGCCCUUUCCCUUGCCUCCCUCCCUCCCUGCUCCUCCUCCUCCUCCUCCACCCCCACUUCUUCUAGGUGAGCCUGAUCCUGCCGCCCGAUCCUCCCAGGCAUCCCCUGCCCAAGGCACGAAAACAAUGUCGGAGCCUCAAGGUCACUCUGAGAAGGUGACGCUCUUCUGCCAGGCUGCCCCAGAUGGCCUCACGUACCGCAUCCCGGCCCUGCUCUACCUGCCCUCCGAGCCCACCUUCCUGGCGUUUGCAGAGAAACGCACCUCGUUCAGGGACGAACAUGCUGAAUUCCUGGUGAUGAGAAGGGGGCAGAAAGACGGAAUGUCGGUCCAGUGGGGUCCGGUGGAGGCGCUGGAGACCGCCAUGUUGCCCGGCCACCGCACCAUGAACCCUUGCCCGGUUUAUGACAGAAAAACUGGCACCGUUUUCCUCUUCUUCAUCUGCGUCCAGACCCACGUUACAGAGUGGCACCAAAUCCGGACAGGGAGGAACGCGGCCAGGCUGUGCUACGUCUCCAGCCAAGAUGGCGGCCACACCUGGAGCCAGGUGACCGACCUGACAGACCAGGCGAUCGGGGACGACUUGAGAAACUGGGCCACUUUUGCUGUCGGGCCAGGCCACGGCGUCCAGUUGACCUCCGGGCGGCUGGUGGUUCCAGCCUACACCUACCACAUCCACAAGGAGCCUUCUGGUGACAAAGUUGUGUCUUCGACGGAGCCCCAUUGCUUCAUAUUGUACAGCGAUGAUGGUGGGCAGAAUUGGGCCCAUGGCCAACUUCUGGAGAAUUUGCGAACCACAGAGUGUCAAGUGGCUGAGUUGAUCCACCAGGACGACAGCAAAAUUUUAUAUUGCAAUGCGCGCAGUCCUGACCGGAAGCGGGCCGAAGCCUUUACCAAGCUUGGCCUGGACCGUUUUGAGGCGUCCUCUCUGUGCGAAGAUUUGUCCGAGCCACCCCAUGGUUGCCAGGGAAGCAUCGUGAGUUUCACCCCCAUGCUGAGACCUUUGGAGUCGGAUCGGUCCUUGAUGUCCCUCAAGAGCACUAAAUCUUGGCUGAUCUUCUCGCACCCCACCCAUGCACACAAGCGCACGGAUCUGGGUAUCUACCUGAUGACCUCCGCUCUGGAAAAGGGAUGCUGGACAAAACCCUGGGUCUUAUAUAAAGGACCCAGCGGCUACUCGGAUUUGGCCGUGUGUGAGGAGGGCGAGUCGCUGACGUUUGGCUGCUUGUUCGAGUGCGGCGUUUCCUCAGCCUGUGAGGAGAUUGCCUUUCAACUCUUCAGGGACAUUGACCUCUUGAGGAAUGUGAGGGAAUGUUGCUCUCGUCCUGAGACCCCCUCGGAAGCAUCACUAAGCUAAACGGAUCCGGACGAUAUUCAGCGCUCAAGAACAGCCCGCGAGAACCUGCCAUUUUUCUUCUCCCGCCCAUCUUUGUCACGAAGGGAGUCUCUUCUUUCGGGCUUUUCCUUUGUAAAUUGGGCCACCUUGCCAGGAUAGCUUCUAUGUCCUCCUCCCCUUCAGCGUCUGCUUCCCGUUCUAAUGUUUGGAAGUCUCUUAUGAAAAUUAAUUGCUUUCCAUCCAGAAACAGGAGUGGGACCGGAUUCAGCCCUUGAUUUGUGCCUUCUGGAGAACUCGGCAGCAUCUGAAUUGUGUCUCAGACACCUUUCGUUACUUGACAUCUACUCUGCCUGAACACAACAUUUCUUGUAAGGAGCAACCC